UUUCUUUCAGCUAUGAUUAUUAUUGGGUGCGUGGCGUUAAUAUUUAUUUUUGAAAAAGGAAAUGCUAUGUUCACAACGGAAAAUAGCCUCAGUUUCUAUUGUACAGAGCCUCAUACGUUUAUGUGCGAAAACAAACGUUGUAUCUCAGAUAUUAAAAAAUGCGAUGGUGUAAACGAUUGUGGUGAUAACUCAGACGAAGAAGACUGUGGCAUUUUAGAGGCGGCGACAUUAAUUGUGGAUGAUAAUUCAUGUAAACCACCUCAUUGGUUUCAAUGCAAACGUAGAAAAAAAUGUAUUUCCCAAGUCUUUCUAUGCGAUGGUGAAAACGAUUGUGGUGAUUUUUCAGAUGAAGAAAAUUGUAAAUCAUCAACGCUAAAAGCUUUAAUGUCCUCCAAUUCAACUUGCGAAGAAAAUCAUUGGCAAUGCGAUGAUAAAUUGUGCAUCGCCAAGGAAUGGGUAUGCAACGGGGAGGUUGAUUGUUUAGAUGGUUCGGAUGAAACAACAGGUUGUAAAAGUAACAUUACUUGCGAUGGAGGUUUUAAAUGUCGAAGUAGUGGGUUGUGUAUUCCAAAAUAUGCUGUCUGUGAUACUUUUAACGACUGUGCAGACAAAUCGGAUGAAGCCAACUGUAAGCUUCUACCAGUUUCACCAGAAAAUUGUAAUAUUGACCAGCGAAGGUACCUUUGCCACGAUAAUAUUUCUUGCAUAGAAUUGCAUCAUUUAUGCGAUGGAAAACCUGAUUGUCCGGAUAAGUCCGACGAAAGUUUACUUUGUAGCAUCCUUAAAUGCACCCCCGGUCAUUGUUCUCAUGAUUGCGUUUCGUUUCCUACAGGACCAAAAUGUCUUUGUCCUGUUGGAUUUCAUACGGUCAACGAAAAGGAUUGCGUAGAUAUCAACGAAUGCGAAAUUUACGGCAUAUGUGACCAAAAAUGUCGAAAUAAUCUCGGUUCUUAUGAAUGCUAUUGCGAUGAAAACUACGUAUUACAAUCGGAUAAAAGAACCUGUCUCGCCAAAAACGGCGAAGCCUUAAUGGUAUUCAGUACUGUGUCAGAGCUAAGGGGGCUAUUUUUGCAGUCUCACGUUUAUUUCUCACUUGCGAAGGGUUUGAAUCAGGCAAUCGGUGUAGAUUUCGACGGUGAACAUUUAUAUUGGACCGACGUCUUUUCGGAAUCGGAAAGCAUAACUCGCGCCCGAGAAGAUGGAACCCAUAGGGAGUUAAUCGUUACAUCCGGAUUGGUGACCCCUGAAGACAUUUGCAUCGAUUGGAUCACAAAAAAUCUUUACUUUACCGAUUCCGAUAUGCAGCAUAUCGGAGUUUGUACGAGUGACGGAUCUCAUUGCACUGUUAUCAUGAACGAAGACAUUGAUAAGCCAAGAGGGAUUGUUCUAAAUCCUUCAGUAGGAUUUGCAGGCAUAUGUGACCAAAAAUGUCGAAAUAAUCUCGGUUCUUAUGAAUGCUAUUGCGAUGAAAACUACGUAUUACAAUCGGAUAAAAGAACCUGUCUCGCCAAAAACGGCGAAGCCUUAAUGGUAUUCAGUACUGUGUCAGAGCUAAGGGGGCUAUUUUUGCAGUCUCACGUUUAUUUCUCACUUGCGAAGGGUUUGAAUCAGGCAAUCGGUGUAGAUUUCGACGGUGAACAUUUAUAUUGGACCGACGUCUUUUCGGAAUCGGAAAGCAUAACUCGCGCCCGAGAAGAUGGAACCCAUAGGGAGUUAAUCGUUACAUCCGGAUUGGUGACCCCUGAAGACAUUUGCAUCGAUUGGAUCACAAAAAAUCUUUACUUUACCGAUUCCGAUAUGCAGCAUAUCGGAGUUUGUACUAGUGACGGAUCUCAUUGCACUGUUAUCAUGAACGAAGACAUUGAUAAGCCAAGAGGGAUUGUUCUAAAUCCUUCAGUAGGGGAAAUGUAUUGGACCGAUUGGGGCAAUUUUUCGAAAAUUGGGAGAUCAAAAAUGGACGGUUCUGAUUAUACGGUUUUUGUAAGUGACAAAAUUCAUUGGCCCAAUGGUUUAGCACUUGAUUACCAUAACGAAAGACUCUAUUGGACCGAUGCCAAACACACUACCAUUGAAAGUAUACGUUUAGACGGCACAGACAGAAGGACCAUCCUGGAAGGAAUAGUAAAACAUCCGUACUCUAUAGCAGUGUUUGAGAAUAGAUUAUAUUGGUCCGACUGGGCUACUCAAUCCCUAGAAUCCUGCGAGAAAUUUACUUGUAAAAAUAGAAAAACUCUGGUUACAGAAAUUAAUCAUAAAAUUUAUGGAAUUCGUAUACACCAUUCGUCCAUGAAAAACACUUCUAUUCAUAAUCCAUGUGCAGGCUCAUUGUGUAGCGAUAUUUGUCUUUUAAGGGGAACUUCGUACAGCUGCGCCUGUCCUCAGGAGAAAACUCUUUCCUCUGAUAAACAUACGUGCUUAGAGGAUAAAAAGAAAGAAUUUGUGAUUGCUGGUACGAGAAAUCUUUUAGUAUCGAUCGACUAUAAAUUAUUAGGAAAACAUCAAGUGACAACGCUACCUGUUGAUGCAAAAGAAAUUGGCGCGAUCGCUUACAAUGGAGAAUCAAAUUCAUUAAUAAUUUUCGAGUCAUGGACGAAGACAUUCCUAUCAAUGGAUUUGGUGUUUCUUAUCACGGAUUCGCUUUUUACGGAUUUAACAAUUGGAGCAGUAUCGUCUGUUCAGUAUGAUGCUUUAGGUAAAAACAUCUAUUGGUGCGAUAGUGUUAAGGCAACCGUCAACGUUUAUAGCUUGCAAACAAAUGCGAAAACAGUUUUAUUGCACGAUUUGGAAGAAGAAUCACCAAUUGCUAUGGUACUGAUACCAUCUGAGGGAUUAAUGUUUGUUGCUUUCAAAAAGGUCUUCACAGUUCACAUAGAUCGUAUGUUAAUGGAUGGUACAAGCCGAACUCAUGUAAUUGAACAAGGUCUCUUGGGACCAGUCAAUCUGAUGUACGAUUUCCAAUUGUCUCGAGUGUUUUGGACAGAUUUCGACACUGGAAACAUUGAAAGCACAAGCAUAGAAGGCGAUGAUAGACAUGGAUUCCGUUCGCUAUUAACAAAUCCUACAGGCAUUGCUUCUACUAGUGAUAAUGUAUUUUGGAGUGUUCGAAAUUCAGCAAAAUUGUUUUGUUCUAACAAAGUUCAGAACCGAAGUCUACUGUUACAUCGAAAACUUGAUUUGGGUUUCUCAGACAACGAAAGAAUAAUUCAUUUGGUAUCUGUGACGCCUCACAGAAAUGCACAUCAUCCCUGUCAAGUUAAUAAUGGAAAUUGUAGUCACAUUUGUUUGGUAUCCAGGAAAGAUUAUUCCUGUGCCUGUCCGCUGGGAUUGAAACUAGGAACCGACCAAAAGAACUGUUAUAAGCCUGUUGUUUGUGAACAUCACGAAUUUUUCUGUUCUAAACCGAUGCAUUGCAUCCCUCAAUCAAUGCGAUGCAACGGCCACGAAGAUUGUGUAGGGGGCGAAGACGAAGAGGGUUGUAAGCCGAAAGUGCAAUGUCCAGCGCGACAUUUCCAGUGUGAGACUGGUGAAUGUAUCAGGGAAGAAUUGGCCUGCAAUUUUCAUUAUGAUUUGGUUUGGUCAAAAAUAUUUGCAAUUCCUUUGAUAGGUUCUAAAUCGUGUACAUCCAAUAAGUUCUCCUGUACCAACGGUCUUUGCAUCGAUAAAUCUUUACGUUGCAAUGGUGUAGAUGAUUGUGGUGAUGCUACCGACGAAAUGUAUUGUGACGUCAUACUAGAUGAGAAUGGGUGUCGACCAAGUGAGUUUUCAUGCACCCAGAACAAGACCAUUUGCCUUCCACUAAACGCGAAAUGUAAUGGAACGUCUGAAUGUCCUCAUCACGAAGACGAAACGAAUUGUACCAAAUGUCACACUGAACAGUUCGAGUGUAACAACAAAAAGUGUAUUUCAUCCCAGUGGGUUUGCGAUGGAGCCAACGACUGUGGCGAUGAUUCUGACGAAUCUCCCGAUCUUUGUGUCCAUCACGUCUUCCCAUCAAUGCCCCACGUUCAUGUACCCUGCAAAGAUGGCUUCCGGUGUAAAAACGGUAACUGCAUCGACAUGUCUUUGGUCUGUGAUGGUCACGAAAAUUGUUACGACGGUUCCGAUGAGUACGGAUCUUGUUCGGAACGAUGCGAGACCAAUAAUCCGUGCUCGCAAGUUUGUCAUCCGACGCCAUCGGGACCCAUGUGUUCUUGCUUGAAAGGUUACCAACUGAGCGGAAAUGGUCACACUUGCACGGAUAUCAAGGAAUGUUCAAGUGAUCCUCCGGUUUGCAGUCAGAAAUGUCAAGAACGGGACGGAGGGUUCAGUUGUGAUUGCUUUGAUGGCUUCGUUAUAAGAGCUGAUAGAAUAUCUUGCAAGGGCGUUGGAAAUCCCAUGGAAAUGGUUGUCAGUACCUUUAACGAAAUUUAUCUGUAUUCCCAGCACAAGAGAUCAAUUUCAGUCUUAUUCCGACAGGAGUCGCCCAAAAUCACAGGACUCGACGUUUCCCUGAGAACAAGUCACGUCUAUUUCAGUGUUCAAGAUCUCCAAACCAUUUCACGUAUUCACAUUUUAUCUGGUAAAAGAGAAUUCCUGUCCGAUAUUGGUUAUCCGAAAAUGUUAAGCGUGGAUUGGGUCACGGAAAACGUUUACUACUUCGACGCCGAUACCAGAUCGAAAUCGAUCAAAGUUUGUAAUUUUGAACAACAGAAAUGUGCCAAGAUAUUGAAUAUAACAAGAGAUACGGACGUGUCUACACUCGUGGUGGAUCCGAUAAACAAAUAUUUGUUUUAUACCCAAGUCCAUUGGUGGGUGUUCAACACCCCCACCAGUAUAAUGUACAGAUGCAAUUUGGACGGAACCAGUUGCUUCGAAAUGGCAGAGUCCAUCAAAGGACUGAUCACUGGAAUUGCGUAUGAUCUGAAUAAGAAGAAGUUGUAUUACGCCAAUCAACACGAGAGCGUCAUAUUGAGAAUAGAUUAUGACGGUAAAGGCCAAAAAACAAUUGCGAAUAACGUGACCAGAGGUCUCAGUCUGUUUGAAGACCACCUGUAUUUUUUGUUGCCCAACGGUUACAUGGGAAAAUGUAGAUUGUAUGGGGAGAACGUUUUUUGUGAUAGUUUCAGACUAAAUGGGUACCAGAACGGACUGUUUGCGAUAAUGCAAAAGUCUAGGCAACCCGAUGGGGUUAAUGGGUGCGAUUCGCACAACUGCACCCAUCUGUGCAUACCCAGCGAAAUCAAACCAAGAUGCGUUUGUGAAAUUUCCCAUAUUGUUGAUGAAGGAAUUGACUGUCAUGCAGACCAGAAUGAAAAACUAAAUAACAUCAAAAGGCCUAAACUCCAAGUGGAUUACGACAAUAUCCAGAAGAUUCCUGUAAAUCAGAAAAGUUCUGGCUCAUUAGCUGCAGGAAUUAUAGCACCCUUGAUUAUAAUAGCUAUAUGUAUUGCUGCCUAUUACGUAUUUAAAAGGAAAAGUUCUGGUAAAUUCAAUGUAAGUGUUCGUUUUCAAAAUCCUGUUUUUGGUGCUCUGAAUAAUGCUCUUGAUGAACGAAUUCUCUCCCCUGAUCAACACGAAUAUACAAACCCCAUUUAUAAUUUCAAAGAUGAGGAUAAAAGAGAAUAAAAUGAAACUUUUGAAUUAAUAAAAUGUGAAACAUGAAAAAAAAAGGAAGACACAAAUACAUUAACGGACAUAUCACCCAAAAAAAAAAAA